AUGGCGGGAGAUGACUUGUCAGGGACAUUGCUUGCAUCAUCGAUAACGGUCAUUUCUCUUACUACGGUGUUUAUUGGUACUCGCUUAUGGAUCAGAUCCAGCCUGAAGACGAUUGGCACAGAUGACUACUUGAAUACAGCAGCAUGUGCAUUCUUGACAGGACUCUGUAUAUGCACAAUUCUCUCUGCGAAAUUUGUGUUCAACAUUUGUAGCGACCUGUUCCUCUUUAUCCAACCUAUUCCUGCCAUGUGGAGGUUGCAUCUUCCUGUGGCAAAGAGGCUGGGCUUGAUUGCCAUGUUAUCCCUUGGUUUAUUGGUUUGCGCCACUUCGAUUAUUCGCAUCAAUUUUGUCACUCGAAUUGGAGCUGAUGCUACUUAUGAAUUUGCCGAUCCCAUGAUAUGGUCUCAAGUUGAGUUGGCCUCUCUCGUCGUAUGUUCCACAAUCCCGUGUCUUCGCCAGGUCAUUCAAAAGGUCCCAUGGCUCAACCAUGCCUUGGGACUCUCGAGUUGCCGAAGAAGUUCGAAUAACUGCUAUGGAUGGAGCGGCUCCAAGAAGACAGGAGGAUCUAUCCCGCUCAGAAGCUACAACCAGAACCAUAAGGAUAGCUACCUACCGAGCAAGUCAAAAGGCAACACCAAGUAUGGAUUGACAAGUCACGCUAUUGGCGGCGCACAUACCAAGAAUGAUCGCACGGAGGAAAUUUUCCCACACAAUACCGACGGCAAUGGUGCUAUUUUGGUUACUCACGAGAUGGCUCAAGAUGUCGAGUCACAUAAUUCCUCAGCAGCACCUUCGAUAGCACAUGUCGAUGGCUGCGAAAAAGGAGAUAAUAAGGGGACGUCGAAAGCGGACCGGGCUAUCGAUAGUUACUAA